AUGUUGAAUAGAUUUGUUAGCAGUAAUGAUAAUCGUCCAGAAUUUACACAUGAAGAGAGUAAUAGCAGUAGUAGUACAAAUAAUAUACCAAAACUAUUAAGAUCCUCUACUUCUUCUUCUACUACUGAGCAGUUACAACCACCUACACCUAAUCCUGACUUGUUUGAUUUUCAAUUUUUAUCUUCAAAAGAUAAUCCUAUUAUUAAUCAUCUUCGUAUUACAACAACUAUUUCAAAUGAAAGUGAAUGUGAAUCAGUGUCAACUCAAUCUUCUUCCUUGUAUCAUCGACAUAAAACAUCAUUAUACCCAUCUUCUAUAAAUACAACAGAUAUAACAAAUAACUUGGAUGCAAUUGCAACUCCAAUAUCGUCAAGAGAAAUAGUAACAACCACUACUGCGUCAUCGUUUGAUACAUGUAUUUCUCGUUAUUUACCACAAAAUCAAGCUGUCAUCACAACUCAGGAUAAUUGGCGUAUUAGUCUUUUAAAUCAAAUAGCUACCAUGAUUCUUUCUGGUUUACAAAGAGAUUUAACUGAACAAGAUUUUAUUGGGAAACAUAUAUUAGACUUUAUCGAUGUCAACUAUAGACCUUUAUUACUUGAUAAAAUUGUUAAAAUGAGAGAUGAUUCUCCUCAAUCUUACCAUCUUCACAGUCAUGGCAUUGUCCUCAUUUGUGGUGAUAUCAUACCUAUUAUCAAACAAGAUGGAACCAAGUCUUCUGCUUCUCUUUGGUUAAAAGAAAAGAAAAAUGAAAAUGGUUCUUCUAUCUUUAUUUGGAUAUUUGAAGAAGUGUCUCAUAGUACAAUCAAAAUUUUAUUAAAUGAAAAUAAUUUAAUUCAAUCUGUAAAUGAAGAUAAUGACGCUAUCGAACUCUUUGGCUAUACUUCUUUAGAAUUGAUUCAACAACCUAUUCAAAAAUUAAUACCCCAUUAUGAUAAGACAUCUCUAUUUUUUGGCGGUCGUACGAAAAGAGAUGCUUAUUUCCCUGUCAUGAUUGGACAUAUUCAAAAUAGAAUUCGUAUUACAUCUAUGCCAACUCUGGCAGGACUCGUGACUGUGGAUCGUGAAAGUAUGAAGAUUCAAAGUUCAAAUCAUAGUCAUACAUCAUCCUUUUGUAAACAUCUAUUUGGUUAUGAACAUAUCGAUCACAUGUCCUUGGCCAUCUUGAUCCCACUCUAUCCACGUCUUAUCGAGUUACUUGAACGUGAUCAUUUAUUAGAUGAAGGUUAUGUUCUGAAUAACUCAAUUUGUCAUCACAUCCUUUUAAAUGAAGUAGGUCAACCUCUGAUGGCUCGACAUCGUGAUGGUAGCGAAUUUGAAAUUGAUAUUCAAAUCAAAUUGCUCGACUCUACAACAUAUGCACUUUGGAUUACCUUUGAUCGAGAUGCUGUCUUUACACGUUAUGGUCAUACCACUUCAUCUAUUAUGUAUUCAUCAUCACAACAAAAGGAUUCUUAUUCAACUACCAUUGUUCGAUCUAAAUCAAUUAAUUUACCUGCCAUUUAUACAAAGAGGAAAAAAUCAAGUAUCGUUCUAAAUCGACCUACUAUCAUAACGACUGCUACGAAUACAAAGAAUGUAAUGGGUAUUAAUACAUGUUCAAUAAAAGAAGAAGAAGGAGUAGUAGUAUCAGGUCCUAUUCACUUGGAAUCUUCAGUAGAACAACAACAACAACAACAACAACAACUACGGCCAGUCUCAAUGGGUCGUAUCACGAGUUUUUCGAGACCUUCUUUCUUUAGUUCAGUCGAAAAGAAUGAAGUUAAAGAUUCCUUUCAUAGUCACUCAAAUCGUUUUCAUAUACAACAACAACAACAACAAUCUACUCCUGAUACAAAAGAUUUAAGUUCGAUUUGGCCACGUUUAGGCGAAUAUUCUGCACAAACCUUAAAAACAAAUAUUCAUAAUUAUGAGAUUGUAGAUGAAUUAGGUCAAGGUGCUUAUGGUGUAGUGAAACUAGCUUAUCUAAAAAGUGAUCCACAAAAGAAACGUGUAGUUAUCAAAUAUAUUAUAAAGUCACGUAUUUUAGUUGAUUGUUGGAUACGAGAUCGUAAACUUGGACUUAUCCCUGCUGAAAUUCACGUUUUACAUACUUUACGUAAAAUACCACACAUCAAUUGUAGUGAUAUGUUGGAUUAUUUUGAAGAUGAAGAUAAUUAUUAUGUUGUUAUGGAUCUUUAUGGUGCAGGCAUGGAUUUAUUUGAUUAUAUUGAAUUAAAAGAAGGUGGAAUGACAGAAACUGAAAUUCGAGAUAUCUUUCGUCAAAUAGCAGAAGCAGUGAGACAUUUACAUGAUCAUCGUAUCGUUCAUCGAGAUAUUAAAGAUGAAAAUGUCAUUUUAGACCUCAAUGGUGGUGUUCGAUUAAUUGAUUUUGGAAGUGCUGCUUAUCUAAAAGAAAGUAAACAAUUUGAAACAUUUGUUGGAACCCUGGAUUAUGCUGCACCUGAAAUUCUGAAAGGACAAGCCUAUAGUGGUCCACCUCAAGAUAUUUGGGCCUGUGGUACCUUAUUGUAUACCUUGAUCUAUAGGGAAAAUCCAUUUUAUAACAUUGAAGAAAUCAUGGAACGUGAAUUAAGAAUACCCUUUGUUAUAUCUGAAGAAUCUGUAGACCUUAUACGUAAAAUGUUGGAUCGUAAUGUUAACAAGCGAAUUAAUAUUCAUCAAGUAUUAGAACAUUCUUGGUUUCAUGCAAACUAA